GCGGCCGGCGGCUGGUUCCUGGAGCGGGCCUCGGCGGGGGGAGGGGCCGGGGCAGCAACCGCCGCGGGCCGGGGGCGAUGGUGGCGGCGGCGCCAUGAUCAUAGAGAACGUGGAGGCGCUCAAGUCCUGGCUGGCCAGGCUGCUGGAGCCCAUAUGUGAUGCAGACCCGUCGGCUUUAGCCAACUAUGUUGUGGCGUUAGUUAAGAAAGACAAACCAGAGAAAGAGCUGAAAGCUUUCUGUGCUGAUCAGCUGGACGUCUUUCUGCAAAAAGAAACUUCAGGUUUUGUAGAUAAACUUUUUGAAAGUCUGUACACAAAGAGUUACCUUCCUUCUCUUGAACCCACGAAAGUAGAAGCGAAGCCUGCAAGUCAGGAAAAAGAAGAAGUCAAGGAGGAGAAUUUUCAAGAAUCUGUUGAAGAAGAGCGGGAUGGCAGAAAGAAGAAACAUUCUAGUCCACAGAGAAGCCGUGCAGAUUCCAGUGAACAAAGAACCAGAGAGAAAAAGAGAGAUGAUGGAAAAUGGAGGGACUAUGACAGAUACUACGACAGGAGUGACUUGUACAGAGACAAGUCCAGCUGGCGACGAGGCAGGAGUAAAAGUCGUAGUAAAAGCAGAGGGUUAAGUCGAAGUCGUAGCCGCAGUAGGGGUAGAAGCAAAGACCGCGAUUCGAGCAGAAAUGUUGCAGAGCACCGUGAGAGAUCAAAAUUCAAGAGUGAAAGAAAUGAUGUUGAAGGCUCGUAUAAUCCAGUUUCUGUGUCUCCAAGUAACUCUACUGAACAGUAUUCUUCUGCACAAUCUAUUCCCAGUGCUGUUACUGUAAUUGCACCUGCGCACCAUUUGGAAAACACAACAGAGAGCUGGUCAAAUUAUUAUAACAAUCAUAGCAAUCCCAGUUCAUUUGGCAGAAACCCUCCACCUAAAAGAAGAUGUCGAGAUUAUGAUGAGAGAGGGUUUUGUGUACUUGGUGAUCUUUGCCAGUUUGAUCAUGGAAACGAUCCUUUAGUAGUAGAUGAAGUUUCCUUGCCAAGUAUGAUUCCUUUUCCUCCACCACCUCCUGGACUUCCUCCUCCUCCUGGUAUGCUUUUGCCUCCGAUGCCAGGUCCAGCUCGCAGUAUGAGGAUGCCAGUACCACAAGCUCAUCCGCAGGCACCACCUCCUGUUGUGCUUCCUGUACCAAGACCACCUUUAACACAGUCAAGUUUGAUAAAUAAUCGUGACCAGCCUGGGACAAGUGCAGUGCCCAGUCUUGCCUCUGUAGGAGCAAGGCUACCUCCUCCGUUACCCCAGAACCUCCUGUACACAGUAACAGAACAUACAUAUGAGCCAGAUGGCUAUAACCCUGAAGCUCCUAGUAUUACCAGUGCUGGUAGAUCUCAAUAUCGACAGUUCUUUACAAGAGCACAAACGCAGCGUCCAAAUCUAAUUGGCCUAACAUCUGGGGAGAUGGAUACAAAUCCAAGAGCUGCCAAUAUUAUCAUCCAGACUGAACCUCCCAUUCCCAUUACGAAUAAUAGCAGCAAUGUAACUAGAGUUGUGCUUGAACCAGACAGCAGAAAACGAUCUCCAAGUAGCAUGGAAUGUCCACCACUGAAGAAACCAUGGUUGGGAAAGCAAGCAAAUAACAACCAGAAUAAGCCAGGAUUUUUGAAAAAGAAUCAGUAUACUAAUACAAAAUUAGAAGUUCGGAAAAUUCCACCAGAACUGAACAAUAUUACACAGCUCAACGAACACUUCAGUAAAUUUGGAACUAUUGUAAACAUUCAGGUUGCUUUCCAGAAUGAUCCUGAAGCUGCACUAAUUCAGUACUUAACUAAUGACGAGGCCAGGAAGGCAAUUUCAAGCACAGAGGCAGUUUUAAACAAUCGGUUUAUAAGGGUGUUGUGGCACAGAGAAAGUGAACAGAAUCCCCCAUUGCUGCAGCAACCACAGCAGCAGUCGCCCUCACAGUCUCUUCAUCACCAGCUUCACCUUCAGCAGCAAGCCCUGACCACGCCUCCAGCCGUAACGAUGCAUAGCAAUAUGUCAAAGGCAAUGAAUAAACCGCUGGCCUCUGGUGCCUAUGUCCUUAAUAAAGUCCCAGUGAAACGUCGCCUUGGAGCAGCAGGUGGAAGUCAGUCUGAUUUAAGUCAGUCUGGGGCUGUAGUAGAGGAUUCUCAGACGUUUCCUACUUCUACAAGCCACUCAAAAACGGUUUACAGUACUUCAAAUUUAAAGACAGCUAUGAAGCCAGGUGCAGGGUCUAAACCUCAUGAUGUGCAAGAAGCUCUUAAAAAAAAACAGGAGGCAAUGAAACUCCAACAAGACAUGAGGAAAAAGAAGCAGGAGAUGUUAGAAAAACAAAUAGAAUGUCAGAAGAUGUUGAUAUCCAAGCUGGAGAAAAAUAAGGCUAUGAAACCAGAAGAGAGAGCAGAAAUAAUGAAGACCUUAAAAGAACUAGCAGGAAAAAUAUCUCAAUUAAAGGAUGAGUUAAAAACUUCAUCUGCAACCUCUACACCAUCAAAAUUAAAGUCCAAGACAGAGGCACAAAAGGAACUUCUAGAUGCAGAACUGGACUUCCAUAAAAGACUUUCCUCUGGAGAAGAUACAACUGAACUGCGAAAAAAGCUAAACCAGUUACAAGUAGAAGCUGCCCGUUUAGGUAUCUUGCCUGUUGGUCGAGGAAAGACAAUGCCAGCUCAAGGAAGAGGACGAGGGCGGGGUCGUGGUGGGAGAGGAAGGGGCAUGUUGAAUCACAUGGUGGUAGACCAUCGUCCCAAAGCACUAACAGUUGGAGGAUUUGUUGAAGAGGAAAAAGAUGAAUUGUUACAGCACUUCUCUAAAUUUGGAGAUAUUGAAGACCUUCAAGAAGAGGAUUCCCCACUAAGUGUUGUUCUAACUUUUAAAUCUCGCUCUGAAGCUGAGAAUGCUGCUAACCAGGGAUCCCGGUUCAAAGACCGAAGACUACAGAUAUCAUGGUACAAACCUAAGGUACCCUCUGUGUCAACAGAAAUUGAGGAAGAGGAGCCUAAGGAAGAGGAGACUGAAACCUCAGAUUUAUUUUUGCAUGAAGAUGAUGAUGAUGAUGACGAAGAUGAGGAUGAAUCCCGUUCUUGGAGAAGAUGAAACUUGAUGUUGGAAAUGUAUAAUUUUAGGAAUAUAGUUCAAGCUAUAUCUUUUAAACAUUUAUUUAAGAAAGUUGAUGAGCCAAAAAAAGCUUUACUUUCUUUUCAAACCACAAGAUUUAAAGUGAGCAAAGUUUGUUAUAAAAACAUUUCAGAUAAGAGCUGUGAUGCCAGGCUAGCCAAAGGCCCAGUAACUUUUUACAGAAUUAUCAAGUUCACCGGGGUGGUGAUUCUUUUCUAUUUAAGAAGGUUAAAAAGAGAGAAAGAAAGUGAAUAUUAGUAUUUUCCUGUCCUCUUUUCGUGUCACCUGUAUUACCUUGUUUUGUUUUUUAUAAUGUGAUUGAUUUGUUAGCUUAUAAUUGAAAAGAUGUUACAGGUUUUAUUUAGCAAUAUCAUAGGCUUGGGGGAAAGACACAAACUUUCAUUAAAUGUUAUGAAAGAAAAAAA